CCCCGCCCCCUCCCAGGCCCGAUAAACGCCUGGGCCGGGCCGGGACCUCCCACCGGUGCUCUCCCGCGACUGAUCCAGAGUGCCCCUCCGGCCCAGCCAUGAGGCUCUUCCUGUCGCUCUCAGUUUUGGUGGCGGUUCUGGCCAUGGUUUUGGAAGGCCCAGCCCCCGCCCAGGCGGCCCCAGAAAUCUCCAGCACUUUGGGGAGCAUCCCGGAUAAGCUGAAGGAGUUUGGUAACACCCUGGAGGACAAGGCCCGGGCAGCCAUUGAAAGCAUCAAGCAGAGCGACAUUCCUGCGAAGACCCGGAACUGGUUUUCUGAGACUUUCAACAAAGUGAAGGAGCGGUUCAAAACUGCCUUCUCCUGAAACCAGGCGAGCCGCCCCCUCCUCUGGGCUGUAUGCCGCGGAGCGGGCUCCAAAAUUUCCUGCACCGAGGACUUCAUGAUGCCCAUAUCCACCCCCACCCUUCAAUAAAAACCCUGUAGAGAAUU